UAUUAUUGUUUCCAAUGAGUUCCUAUUUUGUCAACUCUACUUUCCCGGUGAGCCUAGCCGGGGGUCAGGAGCCGUUCUUGGGACAACUCCCCUUAUAUUCCACGGGGUACGCGGACCCUUUAAGGCACUACCCUUCCACUUACGGCACUGGGGGUGGCGGAGUCCAGGAGAAGGGUUACCCGGGCGCGCCUUACUACCAGCAAGCCAACGGAGCUUACAACCGGAGCCCUGCCUGCGAUUACGGGACAUCUGGUUUUUACAGGGAGAAAGAGACCGCCUGCUCUCUUUCCAGCCUAGAGGACCCUGUUCCGUUCGGCCAGGAGCAAGUCCGGAAGUCAGACUGCUCGCAGAACAAACACGUUUUUGGGGAUAGCGAGGAUCAGAAGUGUUCGACUCCAGUGUAUCCCUGGAUGCAAAGGAUGAACUCUUGCAACAGUUCCUCCUUCGGGCCGAGCGGCAGGCGAGGGCGGCAGACCUACACGCGCUACCAGACCCUGGAGCUGGAGAAGGAGUUCCACUUCAACCGCUACUUGACCAGGCGUCGCCGGAUCGAGAUCGCCCACGCGCUCUGCCUGACCGAGCGCCAGAUCAAGAUCUGGUUCCAGAACCGACGGAUGAAGUGGAAAAAAGAGAACAAGCUACUCAACUCCACUCAGCUGAGCGCCGAGGAGGAAGAGGAGAAAACGACGGAAUGAGAGA